CGGGUCUGCGGCAGCCCAACUCCGAACAGACACUCGCCGCCGCCGCCGCCGCGACAUCACCAGAGGGCAACAAGCGAGGAAUGGCGGAGCGGCAGGUGGCGGAGCUGGGUCCCGGCGCGGCAUGCUGCGGCUGGAACCACUGCGGCCGACGCCUCGCGGCCGGCGCCGUCGACGGCUCCGUCUCCGUCUACGAUUCCAACCCGUCCCCCUCCUCCAAGUGGCAGGCCCAUGAGCAGGCCAUCGUGAAUGUUGUCUGGCUUCCUCCAGAGUAUGGGGAUGCUGUAGCUUGUGUUUGUGCUGACGGGACACUGUCUUUGUGGGAGGAGGUUGCUGAAGAUGAUCAACUUCCAACCUGGAGAAAGUGUAAAGUCUUUGAGGGUGGCAAUUGUUGCAUACUAAAUGUACAUUUCGGAUUACAUCUGGGAAGUCUGAAAAUGGUUACUCCAUACUCAGAUGGCCAAGUCAAGAUUUAUGAGCUCUUGGAUUCCUUGGAAUUAGACAAGUGGCAGCUUCAGGCAGAGUUCCAAAAUGUUACCGAUCCAGUCUCUAGAUUUGGAAAACCUUCAUGCACUUCUGCAUCUAUAGCAUGGAAUCCAAGAAGAGGUGGAAGCCAACAAGCUAGUUUUGCAAUUGGCUUCGAUUCAGAUUCGUCUCAUUUUAACUCUUGUAAGAUUUGGGAGUUUGAAGAAGCUCAUCAGCGCUGGCUUCCACUUGUUGAGCUCGGUUCACCUGAGGAUAAGGGAGAUAGAGUGUUUGCUGUAGCAUGGGCUCCUAACAUUGGCAGAUCAUAUGAGAUCAUUGCAGUUGCAACCUGCAAAGGAAUUGCAAUCUGGCAUAUAGGUUCGAACACUGACUCUGAAGGUAGACCAUCGACAGAGAAUGUUGCUUUACUUUCCGGCCACGAUGGCGAGGUGUGGCAACUGGAAUGGGACAUGGGUGGUAUGACACUCGCAUCCACCGGAGGCGAUGGCAUGGUUAAGCUAUGGCAGGCCAACUUGGAUGGAGUUUGGCAUGAGCAGGCUGUUCUUGACUGCAGCGGAUCACAUGUCUAGGGGUUCCCAAAACCAUUUUCGUUUCCCUUGUGCAGACAGGUCACAAGGUGGUGGUGCUCUUGCUGCAGAAUUCUUCGGUGUCUCUUUCUUAUCUCCUGCGACCUAUCAUAGUACGGUUUUUUUGGCGCUAUCGAAAUCUGGUCCCUCAAGGUGGCGCUGCUGCUGUUCUCAUGACAUGUCACGUGUCACUGAUGUAAACAGUUUUUAUGGCGUACCUGAAGGGUGAUUGUAACACAGUAGCAAUCGACUUUGAAAAGGAAUGGCACACUCGUUUUAAUUGGAAGCCACAGAGCGUUUGGUGUAAGCUAUCGAUGGGUCGAGGUCACCCACGUGAUCAUGAAUGCUUUGUAUAAGAGGUCACCCACGUGAUCAUGCAUGCUUUGUAUCAUGUAACAACUGGUUUGAAAUCUUGGGGUUGUAACAUCAGUGUCCUCGAAACAACACUGAUGUCCUUGUACUAUUAAGAGCAGAUAAGAUAACUAUGCCUACCGUGAUGUAACUUCGAUGUGCAAA